ACUGUCACCCCCCUCGUCUUGGGAGACAGUGUUACAAGAGUCAAUAUAAACAUUCGUAGCGACCGUUUUUGUGACAGCCUGGACCUACACGGUCAUUUUGCAACAACAAAAAAGGACCGUGUGCAUACAACAGGGGCUGUUUUCAUCAAGGUGUCUGAGUCAACUGUGCUAGAGAGGCUGAAAGAACUUGACCAGUCCAAAGCAACGGGCCUUGACAACAUUCCUAACAGAUCUCUAAAGGACGCUGCGGAUGAUGUCAUCCACUGAGUCAGGAACAGGUGGUCCUAAACUACAUCGCCUCUUCAUCAAGUUUGACCCAGAGGUUGUAGCGGUGGUGUCGAUACUGCUGGGUCUAUUCCAGGUGCUGUUGGCUGUGCCUCUGUACUACAUGGACGUUGGCUUACCCAAACUACAAUUUAUGCUCCCUUUAUUUAUUGGCUUCCUGAUUUGUUUGUGCCCAAUGGAAAUGAAUGCAAUUGAAACAACAGAUUGUUUCUACUUUCUUUUAAAGUUUGUGACGGCAGGGUCGUUCGCCUUCGCCUGUGAGAAGUCUCCCAGCAGACAGCUACUGACGGGCUGUGCCUACACUAACAUGGCCAGCCUGUUGGCGGGCCUACUGGCUCUGUGUAUGUACAGCGUCUCCCUACACUCCGUCCAGGGCACUGCUCAACCCUGCACUCUGCCAAGCAUCGACCUGUAUGCAGGGGCUGCACAAAAGUGCCCAGGAGAGUACCUGGAGGGGUUCUUCAGGAGUGUCACAGUACUACUCAUCGUUUAUGACCUGGGGGCUCUUAUCCUCCACUCUCUCCUCUCUUUGUCCGCACUCAAGGGACUCAGAGUGGGACUGUGCCGAAUGAUCAAUUAGUCAAACUGAUUAACCAAUGGAUGCUAGUUGAAAAACCUAUUUUAGAAAAAUAUGAAUCUGUUUUAUCAUUUUUAUCAGUGACCACAUUUCCUUUAACUUGUUCAUGUUUUUUUUUUUUCAUGGGUUUGUUUAUUCCUUUCCAGCUUUACAGGCUUACAAUUUUUUGAGAAACCUAAUAAAAUCAUUUGUAUAAACUCUG